AUGGCUACCGAUCUGGAAUAUCAGACGUCGACAACAACUCCUGAAAUCGAUGAACAUCUUUAUUCACGACAACUUUAUGUGAUGGAAAAAGAAGCAAUGUACGAAUUACGUAAUGAUGAUAUUCUUAUAUCAGGCAUGCGUGGUCUUGGUGUUGAAAUUGCUAAAAAAUCUGAUACUUAUUAUUUUUCUGACUCUGAUAUUGGUCAAAAUCGUACUGAAGUUACUAGAGAAAAAUUAUCUGAACUGAAUACUAAUGUUAAUGUGACAUAUUCUUCAUGCAAUAUUGAUGAAGAUUUUCUUCAAAAGCAUAAAGUGAAUGUAUUUGUUCUUACUGAUGGUGAUAUUGAUAAUCAAGUGAAAAUAGGUGAUUAUUGUCAUGAACAUGGAAUAGAAUUUGUUAAUGUUAAUACAAAAGGUUUAUUUGGACAAAUAUUUUGUGAUUUUGGUCAAAACUUCAAAGUACUCGAUACAAAUGGUGAAGAUGCAAUAACAGAAGAAAUAGUCAAUUCAAUCAGUCAUGAUGAAAUUGGUGUUGUAUCAAUAGUGACAUAUACAAAAGAUGGUUUCGAAGAUGGGUCAUACGUUACUUUUCAUGGUGUGAAAGGAAUGACUGAAAUUAAUGAUCGUGAAUUCAAAAUCACUGUACUAGCUCAAUAUACAUUUCUGAUUGGUGAUACAAGAAAUUUUGGUGUCUAUGAAGGUGGUGGAACAGUUACUGAAAAAUCAUUUUCUGAUUCAUUGAAAAAUCCAGAAAUGUUAAUUUAUGAUUUUUCAAAGAUAUCAAUGUCUGCUAAUCUUCAUUUAUCCUUUCAAGGUUUAUCACUUUUUCAAAACCAAUAUAAUGCAUUGUCUCAACCAUGGAAUGAUGAUGAUGCAUAUAAAUUCUAUGAAAUAGUUGAAAAAUUGAAUAGAGAAAAUCGUGAACAAGUAUUAACAGAUCAACUAAAUAAACAUUGGAUAAGACUGUUUGCUAAAACAUGUACUGGUGAUUUAUGUCCAAUUCAAUCUGUUAUGGGUGGUAUUGCUACUCAAGAAGCAAUCAAAGCAGUGACAGGAAAGUUUAUGCCAAUUCGACAAUUUUUAUAUUUUGAUGCUAUUGAAUGCUUACCUGAAAAUGUCUUUCAUCCAUCAAAUGAAACAACAAAAGUUGUUUUUGGUGAAGAUUUUCAAGAUAAACUAGGCAAUGCUAAAUACUUUCUGAUUGGUUCAGGUGCAAUUGGUUGUGAAAUAUUGAAAAAUUUUGCUAUGAUGGGUAUUGGAUGCGAAAGAGAUGGUCAAUAUGUUGAUCGUCAUUGUGUCUAUUAUCGAAAACCAUUGGUAGAUAGUGGUAUAUUUGGUACAAAAGCAAGUGUUCAAGUUGUUGUACCAUUUCUUACUGAAUCAUAUUCAUCUACCAAUGAUCCAUUCGAUUCAACAGUAGACCUGAGUACUGCAAUAAAUUUUCCAAUUUCUAUUAAUCAUAUCAUUCAAUGGGUACUCUAUACUUUUUCUGAUCUAUUUACAAUUCCUGCUCAACAAGUUGAAGAAUUUGUGCGUGAUUCCAAAGGUUUCGCUGAACGAACGGCUAAAAAGCCCUCUGAAUAUGAAAAAAAUGAAAUUGUUGAAAAUGUUAAACACAUUCUUGUUGAACAUCGUCCAAGAAAUUUCACCGAUUGUAUUAAAUGGGAAAGUUUAUAUCGUUUACAAUAA